AUGGCUAAUCGCAAGAUAUACACUCGAGUCUACUCUAAAGGCAGUGCUGGGCAACUUGCCUCCGCUAAAGCACCAAAAGGCGAUCCAUUAUCCCGAACAGCCCUCUGCAAUGAGUUUCGAAAGCAUGCGAACAGAGACAAUCGAGAGCCUAUAGCCUUAGUGUCAGUCAGUGAUCGUAUCGUCGACACGGUGAAGCGUGCUUUUGAGAAGCACUAUAAGGAUGGCGAGUCUCUAGCAGAUAUUUGGAUUACUUUUAUUGAAGUCCCAGCUAUCAUACACGGGACACCUGCUCGAAUCCACGCUACAAGAUCCUUAGCGGAGGAACGCGAACUCCCAGAACCAAACGUAUUCUAUCACGAGUUUGUUUUUGAAUGGGCUAUACCCGAGACGUAUGUCUUACACACGGUCUCCCUGCAAACCUUGAUGAAUCGUGGGCUUCAGGGGGAGCAAUUUUGUCCAGAAUUACGAUGCCGUAUUGCGAGUGAUCUCCAGUAUGCUAGACGUGGGUAUGGGCCCUGGGAAGUUGGCGUUUACCUAGCUUGUUUUGCACGAAACUUUAGAGCUAGAGCUCCGCUUGACUGGAUUUCCCACCAGCUUUUCUAUGAUUGUGUGUGGACGAAGACUGUUGACGAUGAUGUGGUGAGGCUCAAAUAUGCAGAUGAAUAUUCUGAAACUAUUGACUUCGACUUCUUUUGUGAAUUGGAUCACGGAAUUGAGGCUGUUUUGUACGAUUGGUGGCUUGCAGAUAUCGACUUCUUCCUAGACUACGAAAAUUCAAGGAGUGGCAAGAUGUGAUAGAAGACGGUAUAGCCUGGGAUCUGAUUGAGUUCUGGGAAACUUGGCACGAUGUUGGCUAUGGUGGUCCCAGAAAGAUUUCUGAGAAGGAAAAGUUAUUUUAUGACGAGGCACGGAAUAAAUUGUUGGCUAAGCAUGAGAAGAUCAGGGCAACUGUGGAAGCAAAAGCUGUGAUGAUAGGUUUAUAACUUUCUCUCUCGAACUCUC